AUGAUUCAAAUAUUGCUAUGCUUAUCACUUGGAUUUCUUUUCCGUUUAUCGAUCGGUCUACUGUGUGUUCAGUCAAUGCCGGGUAAAAGCGAGAUACGCACCAUAUCAUGUAACGGUGUAUGUAUGAGACAGGUGGUUUUGAUGGAAACUGGCGGAGUUAAUGAUAUCCAUAGCACAAGGUUUAUCGCUAUCGCUCGUGACUGCUCUACUUCCGCUCUCACGGAAGAAUUCUUCGCAAACUGUUCGGAUACGAAUGGUAACAAAAUACGACGACCAGAACCUCGAGUUAUCACCUGUUUCUGUAGUACUGACUACUGCAAUUUCUGA